AUGAAAGUCACACUGAACGGCGUCUCCCUCUUGGCAGCCUUGGCUGGCGUGGUCAGUUUCAGCUUCCUGGUGGUGGCUAUCAGCACUGACUUUUGGUACCUUAUUGAUGCUUCUAAGCUGCAGAAGCUCAUCAACCGCACAGACAGCCUGAGCUCCCAUUCAGGGCUCUGGAGGACAUGCCAAGUUAAUAGGACCUGUUUCCAUUUGGUAAACCCCUUUAACCCUGACAUAUCAAAUAUCACCACAUCACACAAGCAACUCUUAAGUAAGACUGAGUGCAAGGUGGGGACCAAAGAUAUGCAUGGGGCAGUUGUGAUCCUGCUACCUCUUAGCCUCAUCUUGUUGAUCUUUGGAGCAAUGACAGGCUUCAUCAGUAUCCUCGCACAGGCUUACUUCCUCCUUGUGUUCACUGGCCUCCUCUUUCUCUUUGGAGCUCUCAUCACACUGGCCGGGCUCAGCAUCUACAUUACCUACUUUGCCGCAGGCUUCAGGGAAGCCAUUCUCCUCCUGGGAAAGAAGAACCUUCUGGACAUUAUCAACAUCCAGUUUGGCUGGUCUCUGGCCUUUGCCUGGGUUUCCUUGGCUACCGAGAUCCUCACUGGGCUAGCUUUCCUCCUGAUGGCCAGGAUGGUGGAUAUGAAGCAAAGGCAGGAUUGCACCAUAUGA